AUGUCAACUUUAGAUAGAGAAAUAUGUCUUACUAAUGCGCUUGAAUGGAUUGAUGAUCACUUCUUCUCAUUUCGUAAUGCUAUUCUUGGCUCUUAUUCGGUUACAGUAAUUCACCUUCGAUUAAUAGUUAAUCCACCAACAUCUGAUAUAUUCGUUCAUUCAGAAAAGGCUAUUAUGCUUCAACAGAUUGGAUCGUCACCAUCACGAAGAUCAAGACCACCAACACCAUCACCACGAAGAAUAACACCAAAAGGAUUAGGACGAGGAACAUCAAAAGGAUUAGGACGAGGAAAACCAUAA